CAAGACUACACGUUCCUUUAAUUCCAAGCCAUGAAUGAAUCCAGGUGGACUGAAUGGCAGAUCCUGAACACCAGCAGCAGCAUCGUGAAUAUAUCUGAGCGUCAUGCUUGCCCACUUGGAUUUGGUCACUACGGUGCUGAGGAUGUCUGCAUCUUUGAGACAGUUGUUAUUGUCUUGCUGACAUUUCUAAUCAUUGCUGGGAAUUUAACAGUUAUUUUUGUCUUUCAUUGUGCUCCACUGUUGCAUCAUUAUACUACCAGCUAUUUCAUACAGACAAUGGCAUAUGCUGAUCUCUUCGUUGGAGUUAGCUGCUUGGUUCCUACUCUUUCUCUUCUUCACUACUCUACAGGUGUCCAUGAGUCAUUGACUUGCCAGGUUUUUGGAUAUAUCAUUUCAGUUCUAAAGAGUGUUUCUAUGGCAUGCCUUGCUUGUAUCAGUGUGGAUCGCUAUCUUGCAAUAACCAAACCUCUUUCCUACAAUCAACUGGUCACUCCUUGUCGCCUGAGAAUUUGUAUUAUUUUGAUCUGGAUCUACUCCUGCCUAAUUUUCUUGCCUUCUUUUUUUGGCUGGGGGAAACCUGGUUACCACGGUGACAUUUUUGAAUGGUGUGCCACAUCUUGGCUCACUAGUGCCUAUUUUACUGGCUUUAUUGUUUGUUUACUCUAUGCUCCUGCUGCCUUUGUUGUCUGCUUCACUUAUUUCCACAUUUUCAAAAUUUGCCGUCAACAUACCAAAGAGAUAAAUGAUCGAAGGGCUAGAUUUCCUAGCCAUGAGGUAGAAGCUUCUAGAGAGACAGGACACAGCCCUGACCGUCGUUAUGCCAUGGUUUUAUUUAGGAUAACCAGUGUAUUUUACAUGCUUUGGCUCCCAUAUAUUAUCUACUUUCUUCUAGAAAGCUCUCGUGUCUUGGACAAUCCAACACUAUCUUUCUUAACUACUUGGCUUGCAAUAAGUAACAGUUUUUGUAACUGUGUAAUAUACAGCCUCUCCAACAGCGUUUUCCGAUUAGGCCUCCGAAGACUUUCUGAGACAAUGUGCACAUCUUGUAUAUGUGUGAAGGAUCGAGAAGCACGAGACCCCAAACCUAGGAAACGGGCCAAUUCCUGCUCCAUCUGAAGAGAACUACAUACUAAAUCAAAUGUAAUCUGACAGUGGUUUAGAAUUGUAUUCUUGAUUCAUCUGGAAAUUUGCCACCAGGGAACUACUUAUGUGAAUAGUUGAUUAUGAAAUGAAGAACAAGACUAAAGAUAUCUGGGGUUUUUCUUUUCUCUUUUUCAUGAAAAACCUAAGGGAAAGCAUAAAAAGAGGGUUAUUUCAUGAGAGAAACAUAGCAUGUGAAUAUAUAUGUGUAGCAAUAGGAAAACUUCAGCACUGAGGAUGAAAAAAGUAUUUCCAGUCUUCUACAGAACAGGAGAAGCCCCUCUCUGUCUCCUUUCUUUAACUGUACUCUGCCUCUGUCUUUGUCUUUCAUUUUGUCUCUUUCCCAUGUCUUUCACUCUUUGUGUUUGUUGCAGAGAUUAUUGGCAGAAAUUAUAAAAAUGUCCGAUGUACAUACAACGUAUGUGGCCAUGUAUAACAUUUUGUUUCAAAGAGUACUUUUAGACCCACUAUUCUAUAGUCCUUAGUAGUUUCCUCAUGGAGGUUACACAGUAAGCAUUGUAUUAUUUGCCACGCAGUCCUUUUUAUUAUGGUUUUAUAAUCUCUGCAUCACAACUUUUCUGUUACAAACAAAACAAUAGUAUUUUUGUUACUUCUGAGUAAAAGGACAUUUACUUUACCCCUAUUCCUAGCAGCCUGCUAUUUUUUCCUUUACAUUUUUCUUUAUCUGAACCCUGUGGUACCUUAUUCCAGACGUAUUUUAGUUAAUGAAAGACUCUACAGUAUAAGGCAUUUAUAGUGUUAAAUAAUUUAUUUCUUCCAGUAAACCAGUUAGUAACUAUUUGGAAGAUUGUGUUAAAUAUUUUUGAUGUAUUUUGGAAGUAUUUUUAUUUUGUUUCUUUGAAAUUAGUUCAUGUGCCUAAGGUAUCUUUUUUGCUAUAGUGAAGCUUUCUUUUUAUUGAUAAAACCCACAAGUAAUUCUAAUGCAGAUGUAGGAUUCUUACCUAGUAAUGACAUAUCACUCUUAAUGCUACUUGGAAUGUCCUUUUAUAAAUUUUUAAAUGUGAAAAAUUAACUUUUGGUGUUAGGUUUAUUAUAGCUUACUGUUUUGUCUACUAGUUAUUUGUGUGAUAGGCUUUGCACAUAGUAUAUUUUUUACAGCAAAGAAAAUGUGAACUGUGAUCUAUACCUUGUGUUUUCUUAGUAGAAUAUAUAGAUCAAUGUUGUUUAAGUUGGUAACUUUGAAAACAUAAAUACAAAAACUUAUUUUAAAAGGAUAAUACUUUUAUGUAGUUAUUUAGAUAUUUAUACUAGACAAGCUGCAUUCUUAGUGAUGCUAAAAAUAUACUUAUUUAUCAAAUGCAGUUAAGAGUGGUCAGUAUUUUGUUUUGUAAUAAUCUGUUUCCACAUGCAAAGAAUAAAUUAUUUUUUAGUGUGCUACCUGAAAUUAUGUCAUCAAUUUCCAGGGGUAUAGAUGUAAUCACGUGAUAUUUGGGAAAUCACUAGUGAGGCAAGUGUAAACAAUAGAAAACAUGAUCUCUUUACUUUUUUACCUUAAGUUUCCUAACCAAAAGAUUUGUAUCAAACCACUGAGUAUUUUUCUUCUCAGCAUUUAGGAUUUCUUUGUUUUAUAAAAUGCAUUUAAUGAAAUGUGCCUAUGACUCUUCAACCUAGAAACCAACCAUGUUUGUGGUUUUACUUCAGA